CGAGAUCCUGGUGGGCCCGGAGCACCCUCCGGCUUCCAGUUCCUUUGUUCCUCGCGAAGUCUCACCGCGCUGCAGAGCGCAUCGCCGAGCCCCCGCCUCACCUCGAAUUCUUCUCGCGUAGUUCGUUGCCCUCCUCCUUCCCCUUCUCUCCUCGACAAGUACACGGCGGCUUGGAUCUAUACGAAUUCGGCAUCUGUAUUUUACCUCAUUGGGGAUGGAGGUGCAGGUGUUUGAUUUGUCUUCCGACUCCGAGGGCGAGGUGACGGCGCACUCGCCCGAUCACAAGCGCCCUUCUCGACAGCCGGGUGCAGACCCUAAUCGCGGGGGUGGCGAGACAGGUUCCAGCGCCCUGGACAGCCUCUUCGAGCAAGCGGGCGCGGCGAAGCCACAGCGUCACCCCAGUGACGCGCUGAAGAAAGGGAAGGAGAAGGCCGUCGAGGGGGAGAGCGCGGGGCCUCCGAAGCACAGUGGAGAAUUGCUCGGUGCUGCUGGCCGCGUCCUGGGAUCUGGGAGUGGUCCGUGGAGCGCACUGAUGAGCAAGUGCAAGGCUGGAGACGGUGGGAACAAUGGAGCUGGGUGUUGGGGUAGUUGGGGUGACCGGGGUGAUCAGCUUACUAACUCAACCCCCAUGCCGCGUCUAGGGUCAGAGAGGAAGGGGUUUGAUGAGACAUAUGAACUGCGAGGGAUGCCUCAGCUUCACAGUGAUUCUGCAGCAUCGAGUGACCACUGGAAGGGUAUUCUUGGUGCAAGCCCUGGUGAUGUCAGCCCACUGUGGUGCUCCAGGGAUACUAGCAUGAAAGAUAAUGAGGAUGAAACCUUCUCUCAAAGGUCUGUGUCUGCACGUAGCUGUGAUUAUUUUCUUGUCGAAGAUACUAGCCCGUCAUGGCUGUCGAAGGUCAAAGGGCUGAACUUCCCACUUCCUGAUGAGCAUCAGUCGAGAACCAGGCAGAUUGAAACUGAUGAGAUGUUUGCCCGCAGACUUCAGGAGCAGCUCAAUCAGCAACAGCUAGGAUCUCAGCAUUCCGAAGCGGUUGUUACACUGGACUACUCAAGCCUUAUAGCUUAUAGGGUGUUUGGUUUGAGAAAUAAGCUAAUCCGUUAUUUUCUCACUCAAUUUUUUUGUUUAAUUUGUGGAAUGGAAUAAGUUAAUCCAUCACCACCUCAUUCUUCAUCAUAGUUAGUUAGUUCGUACUAACAUGAGGAAUGAGUUUAUCCCAUCAAAUUUGUGUGAUAGACUUAUAAUGCAGUAAUGCACCACCUCAUCUUGAAUGUAGUGAUUCAUCAAACCAAACAUCUCCUUAAUGUUUCUGUUUCAUUUUGGUGUCUUUUUCAUCUU